CCGGAUACUAACAACUGUAUUAAAUACAAACAAGCAUAAAGUGACAAAACCAAAUUAUCAUAAUUAAUCAAUAUUAAAUUGAUUUCUUGACCGAAUCGUGAUAAGAUUAAGAGUAAUUAAUUUAGCAGAGGAUGCGUAUGCAUAAAAUUUUGUGCCGGUUGUUCCCUUUUUCCUUUUUCUCUUACUUAAUCGGUGACAUGACUUUAGUUAUAUAUUCUCACCCAAUUUUGUGAUAGAUACUAUAUGAAAUCAUCAGAUCUCAAGAGGAGUGAUUCAUUGUAAACAAUAUUGCAUGAAUUUCUCCAAAUGAGUUUGGUUUUUGGUGUUUCUGAGGCAUUUUUCAGAAAUUUUUAGCAUAAUUGAAUGUUCAUAGAUUCUUCUUCAAUCCUUCUUCAAUUACUCUAUCUUCAUUAACAUCACCUUCAUCACUCACCCGUUACUGUCACAAGUUUUUGUACAGGGCAAAAAUGGAGUUUGGAGAAACAGAGAAAAAAGAGGUUAAUUCACAGAUUCCAUGGCUACCCACCACACCAUAUAAGCCAAUUGCUCAAAGACCAGUGCCGAUCUACACUCCUGGAGAGAGAAAUCAGCUCAACUCUCAUAUCAAUGGUGAAUUUGCAUCUUUUGAGUCUUCAAGUGGUGGAGGUGUUAACCACCGUCCAGAAUCUGUGGCUGUAACAUUAAACAUUGGUCAUGACAAUGCCAGAACUCGGGUACCGAUAUCGUUCGAUAAUCCGAGCUCUAGUAAUAGUUUUGCUGAACUUUUGGCUCAGGCUGAGGCUCCUUCAUCAGCAGCAUAUUGCAAUUCACCAUAUGGAUAUUUGGGGGACCAAUUUGUUCCUGGUGUGUUGAACUUGAACCCACGGUUCAACCAAAGUUAUGCAUUUCUUGGCCAGCACAAUCUUUAUCAGCAACAACUCUUCAACAAUUUCAUAUGUGACAAUUACCAAGAUCCUCAGGGCACACCGCACUUGGCUUAUUAUAACAAGACCAAUUCCCAGGUUGCUCUGCCUCCAGAAAAUAACAUAACAUCAAACGACAAUCAAGUUGUGGAGACACAAAUAAACAUGGAACAAAGGGAUCAAAGGGAUGAUGAGAGUAAUGCCUCAGCCACUAUGUGCAACAGUUCACACAACAAACUUUAUGACCCUGUUGUAGACUUGACUUCUGUUUCUACACCAAGCAAAGAGAAUAAGAACCACAAUAAGGAAAUACACCAUGUUAUUGAUCUUAAUGAAAUACCCCAAACAAAACCAAAAAGAAGAAAGCAUCGCCCCAAGGUCAUAAAAGAAAGCAAACCCAAAAAAACUCCAAAGCCAGCCACUCCAAAGCCUGAUCAAUCAAAAGAGAACUCAACUCAAAAGAGGAAGUAUGCAAGAAAGAAAGAAUCAAAUGCAACUCCAGCAGAAGUGACAGGGCAAUGCACUGAACCUUUGAUGUCAGAGUCUGCCAAAAAGACAUGUAGAAGGUCCUUACACUUCGACAUUCCAGAGCAACCAACAGAUGGAAAUUCUGCGUGUAGGGAAGAAAAUGCAACUAGACAUUUUGGUGGAGAAAUUAGCAUAGAGGUUCAGGAAACACACGUGUUAAAUAAUCACAUGACAUUACAAGAAGAUGCACAAGCCUCCAGCAGUAGCAGAAAACUUUCAAGUUCAGGGUCACAAGAAUUUGGUUCCAAGAAAAAGCCGUCUGCUACCACUAAGCAAGCAGACAACGGCAGCAUUAAUCUGCUUGGGGCACAAUAUAAUCAAAUGCAGGCAUACCAAUCAAAGUAUUGGCUUCAAUUUCCGAAUGUUCAGAAGAAAAAGAGAAGUGAGAAGGGGAAAUUUUCAAAUAUUCCCAAUACAUCUUCAAUGAAUGCUGCUCAAGAUGUACAGCUUCCAACAUGUUCUGAAGAAAAUGCUAGAUCACAUCCGGAUGCAUCAACUUCUAAUGUGUGGACUACUGCUUCUGCUUCUGAAUAUGAAACAGCGCAACUCCUAACCAUGCUCAAAGUUACAGAAAUAGCCACCCAUGACAAAUCUCGAUCACUCGAGUACAAUUUAUUUUCAGGACAGAGCAGACCAACCAAAAAAAGAUCGAGAGUCACUACCAGAGCUCAUGAUUAUACUUCUCUGAGCAAAAUUACAAACUAUGAUGCCAAACUAACUAAUAUUGUGAACCGAGGCAGUUCGGAAAGACAAACAUUUGAGGAUGCAGAAAGACCACAAACAGGCAUUGAUGCUCUAGUUGCGGAGAUGCGUGCAUCGCUCACAAAAAAGAAACGAAGUAAAAAGAGAAGUACUCCAAUCAGUUCUACAUAUUCUUGCCUAAAUGAAAUGCAACAUCAUCUGCCCUUGCACAACUCAUUAGGUGUUGCUUGCGGAGAGAGCUGGAAAAACAUACCUACUGUGGACAGAUUAACACAGCAGUUUAGCCACCUAAGCAUAUAUAGAGAAGCUAGAGAGCUUGUAUUAUACGGGCAGAAUGCACUUGUCCCUUACAACCGGCAAAAUGAAAAACGCAAAGGUCGGGUUCAUGAAAAUGGCACCAUCAUUCCCUACGAGGGCAUGUUUGAUCCCAUCAAGAAACAGCGCCCACGACCUAAAGUUGAUCUUGAUGAGGAAACCAAUAAAGUGUGGAAGCUUCUGAUGUUGGAUAUAAAUAGUCAUGGGGUUGAUGGAACAGAUGAAGACAAGGCCAAAUGGUGGGAAAAUGAACGAAAUGUUUUCCGAGGAAGAGCAGAGUCAUUUAUUGCACGGAUGCAUCUUGUUCAAGGAGACCGACGCUUUUCUCGAUGGAAAGGAUCAGUGGUGGAUUCGGUGGUUGGAGUUUUUCUCACUCAAAAUGUCUCAGACCAUCUAUCUAGUUCUGCAUUCAUGUCUCUCAUUGCUCGAUUUCCCCUAAAGUCAAGCAGCAUGUUCGAUACAUGCCACGAGGAAAGUGCAAGCAUGAUAGUCAACACACCAGAGGUGCAAAUUGUGGAACCAGAAGAAUAUGCAAAGCUGGAUGAAAUAAUAUUGAAUCAAUCUGUUCAAGAGUUGAGUUCUAUGACAAAAGACAUCAUUGAACAUUCUGAAGAAAGAGAAACUGUUGACAGCAACAGCAUUGAUUCCUGUGGAACUACUGGCAGCCUAGAUAGCUUAAAAGAUGUAUCAAAUUGUAAACUGUCAGAACCAGCUCAAAGAAAUAUUAUGGAACAUGGUACAAUGGAAUUUGUUAAUCCAUUGACUGGGAAAGGUCAAGAAAAUUCAUGUCAUGGGGGUAUUAGGAAAGAGUCCAAUGUUUUAUUUUCACCCAAUUGCUCCAUUGUUACAUCUCAGUUGUCUGGAGAUUUUUCAAUUGAUCAAAAUCCUGAGAAGAUAGGAUCAUUCUCAGACAGCAACACAGAAGUAGAAGAUCGGUUAAGCACAGCUGAAUACAAUUUUUCCAACAGGACUUCUUUCAGUAAGCUUUUAGGAAUGGCAAAUUCGACCCAGUUACAUGAAGUUAACAGUCAGAGAAGCAAUCCAACUGAGAAUUUGAGAGAUUUAUAUGGUCAAUCUGUAGCUAUGAGGCAUGACAACUUGGAAGAGAACUUGGAAAAAUCAAAUGUUACUCAAAGCUCCUUAGAAGCAAUCAUGAAGCAAUUCAAUGGCCAUAAUUUGAAAAUGACCCCCAACUCUGAAGUCCAUGAAGUCAACUUCUAUAACCCUCUCAAUGUUGAAGCCUCAUCAAGUGGCUCCUCAAAGAAUACAAAUGAAAAUAACAAAAGCUCUGGUACUCCAACGGAGUCUGAAAGCCAAGCUGCAAUUACCCACUCUCACAGCAUGCUAUCCCAAGUCCCUCUUCAGCAACAUAGCGAUCACCAGCAGCACAAAGUUUUCCACAUUUCUGGACAAAGUAAAGAUCUUAUGGAGAAAUCAAAGGAAUCAGAUUUUGGUGACCACAACUAUGCCUUGAGGAAUGAAAACAGUAAGUUAGAUUCUGCCCCUGUAAAAAAAUUAAAGGGCAAGGAGCGUGGGAAAGAGAAGAAGGAUAACUUCAAUUGGGAUAGUUUAAGAAUACAGGCACAAGCUACGGCUGGGAAGAGAGAAAAGACAGAAAGCAACAUGGACUCAUUGGACUGGGAAGCUGUGAGACGGGCAAACGUCAAGGAAAUUGCUGAUGCAAUCAAAGAGAGGGGCAUGAACAACAUGCUUGCUGAACGCAUUCAGAGUUUCCUGAAUCUACUCGUUGAAAAACACGGGGCUAUUGAUCUCGAGUGGCUUAGAGAUGUUCCACCUGACCAAGCAAAAGAAUUCUUGCUCAGCAUAAGGGGAUUGGGAUUGAAAAGUGUGGAGUGUGUGCGACUAUUAACACUGCACCAUCUUGCUUUCCCGGUGGACACAAAUGUUGGGCGUAUUGCAGUGCGAUUGGGAUGGGUACCUCUCCAGCCAUUGCCCGAGUCACUACAGUUGCAUCUUCUAGAAUUGUACCCGGUGUUGGAAUCCAUACAAAAAUAUCUCUGGCCCAGGCUGUGCAAGCUUGACCAAAAAACAUUGUACGAGUUGCAUUACCAGCUGAUUACAUUUGGAAAGGUCUUCUGCACAAAAAGCAAACCAAAUUGUAAUGCAUGUCCAAUGAGAGGGGAAUGCAGACACUUUGCCAGCGCUUUUGCUAGUGCAAGGCUUGCCUUACCAGGACCGGAGCAGAAGGAGCAGAAGAAUUUAGUUAUCACAACUGGAAACAAUGCAACAGAUCAGAACCCAUCAACAACCGUCAAUCAGUUGCCUUUGUCUCUCCCAGGACUGGAGCAAAAGAACAUUGAGAUCACAACUGGAACCGAUGCAACUGAUCAGAACUCGUCAGUCGUCAUCAAUCAAUUGCCCUUGUCUCUCUCUGAAAACAAAAACCAAACAGAAGAACUUCAACAAACAGUAGCGAUCAGGCAACUUGAAAUGAAUUCUGAAAUCAAUAACUGCCAACCCAUUAUUGAAGAGCCAACGACUCCAGAGCCAGAGUGCUCCCAUGUAUCUGAAAAUGAUAUAGAGGAUUUUUUCUAUGAGGAAUCAAAUGAAAUUCCAACCAUCAAUCUAGACAUAGAAGAGUUCACUUUGAAUUUACAAAAUUAUAUGCAAGAAAACAUGGAACUUCAAGAAGGUGAAAUGUCAAAGGCCUUGGUUGCUCUAAAUCAAGAAGCUGCUUACAUUCCUACAACGAAGCUGAAGAACGUGAGUCGGUUGCGCACAGAGCAUUCUGUUUAUGAACUCCCAGAUUCUCAUCCUCUUCUGGAAGGGUGGGAAAAGCGAGAACCUGAUGAUCCAGGAAAAUACCUUCUAGCUAUAUGGACGCCAGGUGAGACUGCAAAUUCUAUACAGCCACCAGACAGAAGAUGCAGCGCUCAAGAUUGUGGCCAACUCUGUAAUGAGGAGGAAUGUUUUUCGUGCAACAGCUUCCGUGAAGCAAAUUCACAGAUAGUUCGAGGGACAAUCCUGAUACCAUGUCGAACAGCUAUGAGAGGGAGCUUUCCGCUAAACGGAACCUAUUUUCAAGUCAAUGAGGUUUUUGCAGACCAUGAAUCAAGUCUUAAUCCGAUUAGCGUUCCCAGAAGUUUGAUAUGGAACCUUGAUAGGAGGACAGUGCAUUUUGGAACCUCCGUAACAAGCAUAUUCAAAGGUUUAGCAACACCAGAAAUUCAACAGUGCUUCUGGAGAGGGUUUGUCUGUGUGCGGGGCUUUGAAAGGUCAACGAGAGCACCCCGUCCUUUAAUGGCAAGACUGCAUUUCCCAGCAAGCAGGCUGGCCAAGAACAAAAAAGACUCCGCUGCGGCUGCGGCCAACUCGCAGGGAUCAAAUUCAAACCCAAAUGCAGAACAGCAACAGCCAGAUUUUCUUGCCAGCAUUCCCAACCUUCGACAGAAUGGUGGAACCUGAAAGCACGUCAUAUUCAUUCAUCCUGUAAUAUGUGUAUAACAACAACGGGGUCAUUGCUGACAAAAUUUCAGCCCGCCAUGUCAUGUUAAGAGACUGGGCAAAUUUUUAAGACCAGGAACAAGAAUGUAUCAUGGUAACAGGUAGGUAGGGUUUUAGCUUUCAUGAAGAGGGAAUGCGAUACAUAAGUACUCUUGUAAUAUUAAUUUUAUGCUCCUCAAUUUACCGGUUCUGUUCGCACAAUUCGUCCAAAUUUUACUUAUCCCCGUUUCUAUGAAGAUACAUAAAUUUUUUGGUUCCAA